CUCCGCGGGCGCGGCAACCCCGAGGAGACGCCCUCUCCCGGCGGAGCGCGUGACCCCCGAGCCCACCGGGCGGGGCGGCCCGGGCAAGAAUGGGGCAGCCAACCAAUGGGAGGCCAGCGUUCCCGGCCGCGCGCGCCGGGGCCAAUCGGAGCCCGGGCUGAGGGGCCGCGGCCAAUCAGCUGCGAGGACGGUCCCGGGGGCGGCUCCGCGCGGAGUUUCAAACCCGCCGGGUGGGCGCGGAGCCGGUGCGGGCGUGCGGCAGGCGCGGCGGGCCCCUGGCAUCUGGUGGGCCGAACAGACGCUGGACCAGGCCGAUGGCUUCCAAGUGGCCAGGCGUGGGGGCCUCCGGGCGGCAGGACCGAGAGCAGCUGCAGGAGCCCGAGGUGGUGCUGCGCGCCCCUGGCCAUCCGGACAUCUCCUGCGGGGCCCUGGGCUCCCUGUGCAGACAGUUCCAGAGGAGGCUGCCCCUUCGAGCCGUCAGCCUCAACCUGGGGGCGGGGCCCUCCUGGAAACGCCUGGAACUGGAAAGCCCCGAGCCAGGGCAGCAGGGCCUCCAGGCAGCGGCUCGCUCCGCUAAGAACGCACUGGGUGCUGUGUCCCAGAGGAUCCAGGAGUCCUGCCAAAGCGGCACCAGGUGGCUGGUGGAGACCCAUGUGAAGGCCAGGAGGCGGAGAGGGCCACAGAAGGGCAGCAGCCCCCCAGCGCACAGCCUGAGCCAGAAGGGCAGCCGGCUGCCUAGCACUGUCCCCGCCUACUUGAGCCUGGGCCCCUGGGAGGACUGCCACCGGCCCUCUGCCCACAGGGGCCCACGCGCCUACCCAGGACGGCGGUUCAGGAGGGACGCUGCCCUCCGGAGCCCCUACUCAUCGACAGAGCCCCUGUGCUCCCCCAGCGAGUCUGACAGUGACCUAGAGCCCGUGGGAGCAGGACUUCAGCACCUCCGGAUGCUGUCCCAAGAGCUGGACGAGGCCAUUGUGGCUGCAGAGGGUGACAUGACCGUGUCUCUCAUCCGUGACUGAAGACGUGCCUUCAGGUAACUCCCUCCUCCCAGGCAUCUUUCCUGGUUCCUCCCCCUCCCCCCCCACGCACAAACACCUGCACAGACACUUGCACAAACAGGAUCUUUUUCGGAAAACCCUGCAGAGCUGAUGGGCCCUGCAGAGCAGGAAGUGUGCAAGACUCCCUGCCUGCCUGGAGCCAGAGCCGCUGACCUCGCCGACCGUGUCCCCAGCCCGGCCCAGCAGGCCCCCGAGGAGCAGGAGCCACCUUCCAACUCCCCGUUCCCAGGGUGGCAGGCGGGGCUUGGGGGGAGACAAUGGUGCCCCCGCCUCCCCUAUCUGGAGCACAGCGGCAGGCACACAGGGAGCUCUGGAUGGCAUGGAGCCGGCCACAGUCGGCCACCAUGCCCUCGUACCAGGAUCUGUGUGUCCCCACGCGCUCCCAGGGAGGGCCCGGGGGGUGUGGGCUGCUCAGGGGCUCUGUUCCUGCCCCAGCCACGCCUGGACCUGCUCGUGGCCUCCCGUGACCUGCUCGUACCACCUGUGACCUGCCCAUGACCACACGUGACCACUCAUGACCUGCCGGUGACUGCCCGCCAGCCCAAGUCACAUGGAGGGAGAUGCGCGGGUGCUCGGUCACACUCCUCCCAUGAGGCUCGGAAAUGCAUCAUCCCUCAGGGCACUGGUGGGUGCGGGGAGGGGCAGGCCUGCUCUCAGCCAUCUCUGCCCUCGGUAAAUUAUUUAAGACAUCUGCUUUGUCAUUUUAUUACAAACACCCUGGUGUGUGACUUCUUCCCCGGAUAACGCUGCUCUUUUGUAAUAAAGACUCAGCUUCUGCAUGUGA